GAUACAUUGGUACCAAUUUCUCGUCCUUGCGCAACCUCUCUCUACCUUUACUCUCCCACUCUCGCACAUUCGCAACUUCGGACGGGGGAAGUUCCGAACGGUAUCUCUUUUUGCUCUCACAUACUGUCCACGGUGUCUUUGCGCAUCUUAUAAGAAGAGUGAAAGGCACAUACACACACCAGACUUUCACAAAGCCACGAGCACAGAAAGCACAAUGUCUACUACUACGACGACGACGGCCAACGAGGCCAUUACGGCCGAGUCGAUCCUGCGCCUCUUCCCCGACAUCGACACGAGCACCGAGGCCCUCUCCGGCCACGAUGCCGAGCAAAUUCGGCUCAUGGACGAGGUGUGCAUUGUGCUGGACGAGAAUGACAAGCCUAUUGGCAAUGCUAGCAAGAAGGCCUGCCACCUCAUGACCAACAUCGACAAGGGCCUCCUCCACCGCGCCUUCUCCGUCUUCCUCUUCGACCCGGAAACCAACCGCCUGCUCCUCCAGCAGCGCGCCACGGAGAAGAUUACAUUCCCCGACAUGUGGACCAACACGUGCUGCUCCCACCCGCUGGGCAUCCCCGGCGAGACGGGCGCGAACCUCGAGGACUCUGUCGCGGGCGUCAAGCGCGCUGCGCAGAGGAAGCUGGAGCACGAGCUGGGCAUCGACCCGAAGCAGGUGCCCUUUGACGACUUUCACUUUUUGACGAGGAUUCAUUACAAGGCGCCUAGUGAUGGCAAGUGGGGAGAACACGAGAUUGACUACAUCCUCUUCAUCAAGGCCAAGGUCGACCUGAAGCCCAACGAGAACGAGGUCCAGGCGACGCAGUACGUCAGCGCCGACAAGCUCAAGAAGCUGUUUGAGGACCCCCAGCUCAAGUUCACCCCCUGGUUCAAGCUCAUUUGCAACUCGAUGCUCUUCCAGUGGUGGGAGAGCCUCGACUCUGGGCUGGAGAAGUACACCAACGAGCAGGAGAUUCGUCGCAUGUGAGAACGGACGAUGAUUGGUAUACGGUAGCCUUCUGCGAAAGCCCGAUUGUUGGCAGAGGGAGCGGUAGGCCACAAGGUGCGAACAAGGUGUCGGUCGUGCGAGAGCAUUAGACGUGGAGU